AAUCAGCCCCGUUCAACAUCAGCUGAGGCGAAGAGGUUAUCAGGUCACGGCUAGCUUCAAGGGGCCAUCAUGCGUGAGUGAACGGGGAAUAGAUAUAUAUAAAAGAUAGAUGAUAUCUUCCAUCUUCGCCAAUCAACACACCUGCUUAGGUAGACCAUCGCAUAGAAAUUCAGGCACUUUACGUCACAAGUCUUGCAAUAGGUUACAUAUAUCACCACAACAUACUCGCCCAUCUCGCAACCAUUCAUUCACUAUGGCACCAACAAACACAGCGGCCUACUACUCCUCAGACAAGGCGCCCAGUCUAGAAAUCGCCAAUUCCCCUUACCCAACGCCGGGGCCAGACGAAAUAAUCAUCAAAGUCGCUGCAGCAGCGAUCAACCCCGUAGACUCGAAAAUCCAAUCCGCGGGGACUGCUCUCUUCCCGUUCCUCACGUAUCCUAUGGCAGCUGGUAUCGAUGUCUCAGGCACCGUGGUAGAAGUGGGUUCAUCCGCAACGUCCAAAUUCCAUGUGGGUGACCGCGUGCUCGGGUUCCUGUGCGAAUUCACCUCGCGCUCAGGGGGUUUCCAGUCAUACGUCGCCGCCAGCACCUCUGUAGUUACAAAGCUGCCCAAGGAGACGUCCCUCAUCGAAGCCGCAACGCUUCCAUCCGGCGUAGCUACUGCCGCCGAGGCGCUGUACGCAUGCCUUGGCCUCGAUCAUCCGUCUGUACCACCGCGUCCGCGCAACGGGAAGACCGUCCUCGUGGGCGGCGGCGCAAGCGUUAUCGGCAGCAGCGCAAUCCAAUUCGCCGUAGCAUCGGGCUACGAGGUCAUCACGACUUCGUCUCCUGCUAAUUUCGAGCACUGCCUUUCUCUGGGCGCUGCUCUCGUCUUCGACUACCGCGCCCCGGAUCUCGCGAAUAAGCUCGUAUCCGCCUUCAGCGAGCGCGAGUGCGCAGGUGCGCUUUCAUGCGUUGCAGAGAGCAAUCCUGUUGUUUUUGAGGUCGUCAGCAAGAGUAAGGGGAACAAGGUCGUUGCGUGCUCGCUCUUGUUUAGUAAGGACGGGGUGCCGGCGGGUGUGAAAGCGGAUAUGUUCCAUGCGUACAAUGUCAAGGAUACGCCGCUUGCGGAGGUCGUCUUUGGGGCGUUCUUGCCUGCGGCGCUCGAGAGCGGGCAGUAUAAGUGUGCGCCGAAGGCGCGAGUCGUCGGACAUGGGCUGGAGAGUGUGCAGAAGGGGUUUGAUAUCCUUGCGAGGGGCGUGUCGUGUGAGAAGUUGGUUGUUACCCUUGGGGAGCAGGAGUAGAUAAGUUACUAUCUACACAACUAACGAUCGAAUAAUCCUCCGGUCUUCUUUUUAAUUGUUCGCGAGUGCUUCCGCAUCAUCAACUUCUGUAGUGACGCUUCA